AUGACGCGGGGCCGGGCCAGGCGGCGGGCGGCGGGGGCGGGCGGUGCGCUACCCGAGCGGCCGCUGGGGGGCGCCCCGCGCCAGGCCUCUUUGCCGUCCAGGGCCCGUGCCCGCAGCCAGAGCAAGCAGCAGGCCCGUGAGCCGGUGGACCUGGACCCUGAGGUCUUCUUCUUGCGGGUGCGGCUAGAGGACACUGGGGAGGUGUUCCGAGUGUCAAACUGCCGCGGUGACACGACCGUGCGGGAGCUUAGAGAGGACCUGGACCUGAUUGUCGGCAUCCCCUUCAACCUCCAGCGGCUCCACUACUUGGACCAAGGAGAUAUGAUAGAUGACGGCACCCUCAAGUUCCAUGACGUCGUGCCCGGAGGAGUGAUUUCCCUGAGCAUCUGGCAUUAUGAUGGCUGGAUAGAACUGGUUUUGGCAGCCGUGGAAGGGGCCCUCAGUAAGCUUUCCUGUCUCGGAAUCACUGAAGAUUCCUUCUACCGAACAGCAAAUUCACGUUACUUGGAGGGUGAGAAGUGGAAGCGGUGGACAUCCCAGAGAGCAUUUGUGGCCUUGUACAUUGCCUCCCACAGAGGUCACUAUGACGCUGUGCGGUACCUUCUAGAACAAGGUACCAACUUCCUGGAUAGCACGCCUCUGGGCAGGACACCCCUGCACGUGGCCGUGGCCAUGGGCCGGCUGGACUGUAUGAAACUCCUGCUGGAGCACGGGGCCCCCAUCCAGGAGAAGGACGCCAAGGGGGAGACCCCCAUCUCCAUCGCCCGCUGCGUGAACCGCAAGCUGACGGAGCGGCGCCUGUUCCUGCUCUACUGGCUGGCCAAGGGGACGGGGAAGAAGCGCAUCAAGGACCUGAUCCUGAGGCAGGUCUUCCAGAGGAUGUGCUCCAGCUUGGGUUCCAGGAAGACCUCAAGUUAG